GUUGAAGCUACGCAUAGGUACCUAAUCGCAUAUGUAUCUAUCGGCCUACUCGUAAACCACUCGCUAGGAGAAUGGGGGCCUAUUAAACCUCACCACGGAAUGCAGGUACCUGGGUACGGCACCGUCCCGCUUCCUCUCAACUAUCACCGCAUCGUCGUUGGCGUUUUGGUCUCCGCCCCGAGCGACGGACACGCCGUGCCUGCGCAGACAGGCCUAGUAGGCGCCAUAUCCGUAUCCGGCCGUGGAGCUAACGGAACAAUCGACGGCGGGCCGCGGGGAGAAGCGAGGGAGAAACCGGAGGGAGGUACCUACAGGAGAAGCAGAGGGAGGAGGGAGACAAACAAUAUCUACAGCCAGACAGAAUAUCCCCCCCCCCCCUCUCUCUCUCUCUCUCUCUUUCGACACUUCCACCAGUCUUGCUUGAUUCGUCGUCACCUUACCCAGUCGCGGCAAGGCAAGGUCACGGCUGAAACAGCUUCCCACGCCCUCUCCAGCGGCGACGACGAUUCGCACGUCUAUGAAGACCCGCAAAUUGGCGUGUGCCAUGGGGGCAGUCUACAUCAACAAAUCUCGGGUCGGCGCCGGGGAUCUACCCUGCUCCCCGCUCUGCUGGCCUCUCGAAUCCCCGGUUACUGGCUGGUCGGAUCAGCUGGAAUCCGAGCAUGCCUACUCGCAUUUCUUGAUCUGCUGGCCAAGACACACCGCUCGCUACGGCACCGAAGUCUAGCCUGCCGGAACGCGCAUGAGUAUGCCUUGUCCCUCUCCCACGCUGCCGCGAGGUCGAAUCUAUGAGGGGUAGCGGCAGAACGCUGUGGCCAAACCGUAGUACAUAUGGACAGUUUGUCCAGCUCGUCUCGAUCUUUCGCUCCGUAUUUUCAUAUACGUAGCGUCAGUCAUUCGUCAACUCAAUCCUCCCGCCUCCUCGCCGUAGAUUGAGAUACCGACCUGACAUAUAUUCUCUACGAAAUUGCCUUAACCCAUUAGCUCCAUCGCCCUGCUUCUAUUCAUUCCGUACCACCCCAUCGGACUACCCCUGACAAGGUUGGCACCCAGGGAUCAUGGGCCUACUGGGUUCGAUAGGCUUCGCGGCCAUCGCUGGGGCUCUUCUCAUUGGUGUACGCCGAAGCUCUCUUUAACAGUGCUCCGUUUCGAGCACCGAGAUGACGACCACAUAUGGGCCGUACAAAGCUAACUUGAACGCGCCUCAAACGUAGACCGCGCUCUAU